AUAAUAUUAUCCCUGCAUGUAGACGCGAAAUUAUUAAACAAUUUCGGCUGCAUCGUGCCAUGGCCGAUACAAAAUCUGGCCGUUAUGCGAGCAGCAGCGCCGCUGUAUCUCCUCUAGUGCAAAGCCCCGAGAAUCUAGAGUGCAAAAACUUUCAAGAAUACCUGCGGACUCGCCAAACUCCCGAAUCGCUGGAGAAGCUCUACAAUUACCCACCCAUUUGCUUGGCUGUCUAUCGCGAGUUGCCUGAAAUUGCACGACAGUUUGUAAUUCGGAUACUAUUUGUUGAUCAGCCGGUACCACAGGCCGUUGUCAGCUCGUGGGGUGCACAACGGGUUGCCAAAGAACAAACAGAGGCCACAAGCUGCCUGACUGCUUUGAAUGUGUGGCGCGUUACGGCCAUACCGGGUGGCCUGGCCGCAUGGGAGUUGUCACCCACAUUCAAAAAGAGCGUGCGUCAAGUGCUGCUGGGCGGCGGAAAGCCUUGGGCGAUGACCAAUACUCUGGAUAAGGAUUCGAAGCCACGCGAUAUUGCAUUCUUGGACACGUAUGCCAUGUCACGCUGGCGCUGUGUCCUGCAUUACAUGGUGGGCACGGGCAGUCGCAAUGGAGGCACCGAUGCCGAGGCCAUUAGCCCAGAUGCUGUGCGAAUUCUGCUGCAUGCCAAUCUGAUGAAGCGUGACGAACGCGAUGGAAUCACCAUAACACGGCAGGGCUUUCAGUUCCUGCUGCUGGACACACGUGCUCAGGUCUGGCAUUUUAUGCUUCAGUAUUUGGAAACAUGCGAGGAGCGUGGCAUUCCGUUGCCCGAAUGCUUGUCCAUGCUGUUCCAGCUGAGCUUCUCAACCCUGGGACGCGACUACAGCUCUGACGGCAUGAGCAACCAGAUGCUGACAUUCCUGCAGCAUCUACGGGAAUUUGGUCUGGUGUUUCAGCGCAAGCGCAAGGAGGGACGCUUCUAUCCCACACGACUGGCACUGAAUGUUACCAACAAGGAUGCAGCGCAGGCAUCUACCUCGGCGGACGAUGAACGCAUGCAGGAACGAGGCUACAUUGUGGUAGAAACAAACUAUCGCGUAUACGCCUAUACAGAUUCACAGCUGCAGGUGGCUGUCCUGGGUCUGUUCACUGAGUUGCUUUAUCGUUUCCCCAAUCUUGUUGUGGGUGUCCUUACCCGAGAUUCCGUACGCCAAGCGUUGCGUGGCGGCAUCACAGCUGAGCAAAUUGUCAGCUAUCUGGAGCAGUACGCCCAUCCCAAUAUGAAACUAGUCGAGUCGGCUAUACAAUCGAAAUCCUGCCUGCCGCCCACAGUUGUGGACCAAAUCAAGCUCUGGGAAAUGGAACGCAAUCGUUUCACUUACACGGAAGGCGUCGUCUAUAAUCAGUUCCUCUCACAAAAUGACUUUGUCACGCUGCGCGACUACGCACAGUCCAUCAACAUGCUGGUGUGGCAGAAUGAACGCACUCGCACCAUGGUUGUCCAAAAGAACGGACAUGACGACGUCAAGCGCUAUUGGAAGAAGUACUCAAAGAGCGGCGGCUAGCGCCCAUUAAUCAUAUACCGUAAACCAUACUUUGUAUUUAAGCUAACUCGUUUAAUUGUAUAAAUAAGUUAACAACGCGUUCUAGCAGUUGCCUUUGUAACAAGCACAAAUUUGAAUUGUUAUCCAUCGAUUUAAGGCAACUGUAGACGCACUCACUAAUAAAUUGGUACAGCUCCAUCUCUACACGUA